UUCAGUUUCAUCUCACCUCAAGAAGCGACAACAAUUACUGCGAUGCAGAACGAAGAAAACGAAAGUGAUUCCAUAGUGCCUUACAUCAGGAUUUUGGAUAAUAAUUCCACUGAUUCGACAGAAAGUGGCGAUCGUCGUCGCGAUCGCAAUCAUUCUUCAACUACUGCUCCUCCUCCGCUCGGACAGGGCCCAGAUCAAGUCAGUGAGAAUAAAAAGCCUUCUUAUCGCAACAACGGCACGAGUGAUAGUGACCAUAUCAGUGAGCCGGCGAUGGAUGAGGUAGAAGCGGAUGAAAUCAUUUCGGCAGCAGAUGGUUUCGGUGACGGUGCUCGGAGAGACUCGACACAACAUAUGGACAAGCAACAGGUGCAGGGCAAGAUAACAACGACAACGGCGGCGGCACACCAAUCCACGGUCAGAAUGUUGAGCAAGAAGCUGCUUCUGGUGAACUUGUUGGCCAACUUUCUAAUGUUUGCCAUAGCCGGUUUUAUCACUUACCAUUGCUUCUACAAAGCUACCGUGCUGUUUUCGUGGCAUCCGACUUUGAUGAGCAUCGGGUACUUCAUCUUGAUGUCACAGGCCGUACUUACACUGUCCGGAGCGAAUCUGCUGACGUACAAACAGCACCAGAAAACUCGAAUCUUCAUCCACUGGGUUCUGCAGGCACUGGCGGGCAUUCUCAUAUCGAUCGCCUCCGUGUGCAUCUUCCUCAACAAAGUACGCAUGGGAAAGGCACACUUGCAAACGACUCACGCUCUUUUCGGUUUCACAACGGUCAUCCUCACGCUGACGUCUAUCGGCGGAGGUAUUUUCGCCAAAUAUGGCUUCCAGCUGCGCCACCUUAUGCGACCGAUCUAUUCCAAAAUCCUGCACGCAAUUGCCGGAACGGUGACCUACAUUUUAGCAUCGGCAACCAUUGCCCUCGGAGUAUACUCCGCCUGGUUCCAGGAGGAUAACAACGCACAGGUUCGACUGGCACUACUGAUCGGAAUCAUUGCCGUUACGUUGUACGUUAUCAUCAAUCCCAUUGCGGCCACCAUCAGCCGAACGAAAACUGCCCUCCGGAGCACGCUAUGAGCAGCUAUUUAUUAUGCUCCAAUUACCUAUUACAAUCUGUGUGAUUUGGUUGCAGACUUUCAGAAAACAUGUGAAAUUGCUAUUGCAUUAGGUUGUAAAGAAAGUUUGGCUUUCGAAGAAUAUAUUUUUGAUAUGAUUAU